AUGCUGAUGCAGCUCUGUAGUAUCAAGAAUUUGUACCAGAAUCGGUUCCUGGGUCUGGCGGCCAUGGCCUCCCCGACCCGAAGCAGCCAGACCCGCCAGCGCUGUAAGGAUCGUCACAGCUACGGUCCGGACACCUACGCUGUCAACGGUCUGAACCAGGAGGCCUUCAUGCUGGGACUGUCACGGUCCACCAGUGACACCGAUCUGGUUUCCCCGGACGCUCGCUCCACCCUCACCAUCAGCUCCUCUCACUACACCAUAGGCCAGUCUGAAGACCUGGUGAUCACAUGGGACAUCAAGGAGGAGGUAGAUGCUGGGGACUGGAUUGGAAUGUAUCUUGUAGAUGAGGCUUUGUCUGAGAACUUUCUGGACUAUAAGAACCGAGGAAUCAACGGAUCUCACAAGGGACAGAUAGUUUGGAAAAUCGACUGCAGCUCCCACCUCACCGACUCUGAGACCCAGGUCUGCUUCAGGUACUACCACGGUGUCACCGGAGCACUGAGGGCAACUACACCCAGCGUAACCAUCAAGAAGGGUGCUGCACCUGUAUUAAAGCCAGUGGUUAGUCCAGAAGUCAACCAUGGACUGGGAAACAGGAGGCUUAUUAACUUUUCCUUGUCAGACCUCCAGGCAGUUGGUUUGAAGAAGGGGAUGUUCUUCAAUCCAGACCCGUAUCUGAAGCUCUCCAUUCAGCCUGGAAAACACAGCAUCUUCCCCUCGCUGCAGCACCACGGCCAGGAGAAACGCUCCAGCGUGGUCUGCAACACAGUCAACCCACAAUGGAACAUGGAGAGGUUUAACUUUGUGUCUCUGCCCACUGAUGUGCUGGAGAUCGAGGUGAAGGAUAAGUUUGCCAAGAGCCGGCCGAUCAUCAAGCGCUUCUUGGGGAAGCUCUCGGUCCCCGUCCAGAGGCUGCUAGAAAAACACGCCAUUGGGGAUCGGGUAGUGAGUUACACUCUGGGUCGUAGGUUGCCUACAGAUCACGUCUGUGGGCAGCUGCAGUUCCGCUUUGAGCUGGCCUCCUCUAUUCACCCAGAUGAUGAGGAGGUGUCACUGGUCAUAGAAGCAGCCUGUCCUGAAGCAGAGAACGCAGCAGAUGUGAACCAUGCUGCUGAUGAUGACACUGUGAGUGUUGGACCUGACAUGCCUGAUCUCCCUCUGGAUGCUCCAGACGCUCCUCCCGACCCUGAAACGUCCGCGCUGCCGGCUCCCAUGGCCGAAACCUCAGCCCGCGACGAGGAGGAGAUCCAACCCGUUGUGGAGGAGGAGGCUGAGGCGGCGACGGAGGUGGAGCAAGCUACCCUGGAGGAGGAGAGCACAGUGAGGGAGGAGCCACAGUCUGCUGAGCCCCAGGUGGAGCAGCAGCAGCAGGAGGAAGAGGAGGAGGAGGAGGAUGAGGGUGCAGCUGAACAGCAGGAGGAGAGCGCUGGAGUGGAGGAAGAGCAGGUGGAGCAGAGAGAAGAGGGUGUAGAGGAGGAGGAAGGAGGAGAAGAAAAGGAGGAUGGGGAGGAAAGUGAGCCAAAGCCAGACUCAGCAGCAGAGGCUACAAACGAUGAGGCUCCUGCUGCUGAGGCUCCAGCAGAGGGAGGCACCACCUCCCAAGAGGCCCCUAUAGAACCAGCAGGAGGGGCCCCGCAGGAAGUGACAGACGGAGGAGAGGAAAGAAACUCCGGCCCAUGCGCUUGCCAAUCCCUGUUCACAAACUACAACUCCCACGGGCCCUCGCGGCGUAAGAACCGCCCCUGCUCCCUGCCCGUGUCAGAGCUGGAAACGGUGAUCGCAUCGGCCUGCGGAGAGCCGGAAACGCCGAGAUCCCAUUACAUCCGGAUUCACCACCUCCUCCACAGCCUCCCCUCGGCCCAGCAGAGAGCUCCCAGCCAGGAGGAGGAGCCUGGGGAGGGAGAGAAUACGAGCACUACUCAAGACAACACCUCCACGUCACCAACGCUUAAAAUCUCCAAGGAUGGAGAGGAAGAAGGGCAAGAGGAGGAGGAUGAGGAGGAUACAACCCAGUCUCCCUCUCAGGUCCCAGAGUGUCCGGGUCCUUGCUGUCGUCGCUCUCUUCCUCGCAGCCUCUCCAUCGAACGCCUCUCUGAGCUGAACCAGCUCCUGGAAGGUGAGGGAGGAGGAGGAGGAGGUGGAGGACAUCCAGCAGUCAGGAGGUUCUCCCCCUCCUGCCUGGAGGGCGAGGAAGGGGAUUCCAGUAACGGAGGAGGAGGAGGAGGAACUAGAGUCGGACGGAGCAGCCACAGACCGCACGGCGAAAAUGAGUGUGAGUUCUGCGACACUUCCUGCUACAGCACCUCCUGCUACAGCACUUCCUGUUACAGCACCUCCUGCUACAGCAACUCAGGCUACGAGGGGAGGGGUCGCUUCUGCAGCCACACCCGCCUCUCAUCCGUGGACAGCAACCGGCUCUCUGGCAGCACCGUGUUCUCCUCGCAGGACGAAGACGAAGACGAGGAGAGCGCCUUCGAGUCCAUGCCUGACCCAGGCCAGAGCCCCGAAGGCCAGGAGGGGGGCGGGUCAGGAGGAGAGAGGAGAGCGGGGAGGUGGAAGGAGGCCAGGAGAGGAGAGCAGGGGGAACCAGCUGUGGCAGGGCCCAGUGACAGGAACAGCACUGGCUCCUCCCCUCCUGUUGGCCAUCUUCCAGUCCUUCGACCCAGCCAUGACCUAAACCAUUUUCCUGCAGCCACUGACCAAGCCUUACCUCCAAACUGGGAAGCACGCAUCGACAGCCAUGGGAGAGUUUUCUACGUGGACCAUGUUAACCGGACCACGACCUGGCAGAGGCCGAGCAACGGCAGCAAGUGUAACCAUGGCAUCCCUCGAUCGGGAUCCACCCAACAGAUGGAGCAGCUCAACAGGAGGUACCAGAGCAUCCAGAGGACCAUGGCCACAGAGGAGGAGGGUGGCAGUCAGAGGUUAGAGAGGAGCAACAGUACAGAGACAGAGACUGAUUCUGCUCCACCAACAGGCCCCUCCUCACCUGUCAAUCACCAGAAGAUCAGCCAUCUCCUCCAAUCACCUGCUGUCAAGUUCAUCACACACCCAGAAUUCUUCACCGUGUUGCACAGUAACUAUGCAGCGUACCGGAUGUUCACCAGCAGCAGCUGUGUGAAACACAUGAUCCUGAAGGUGCGUCGUGAUGCCAGGAACUUUGAGCGCUACCAACAUAACCGGGACCUGGUGGUCUUCCUCAACAAGUUCGCAGACACUCAGCUGGAGCUGCCUCGGGGCUGGGAGAUCAAGACUGACCCCCAGGGCAAGUCUUUCUUUGUGGACCACAACAGUCGAGCCACCACCUUCAUCGACCCUCGCAUCCCUCUGCAGAACGGUCGUCUGCCUGGACACCUCGCCCACAGACAACACCUGCAGAGACUGCGCAGUUACAGCGCUGGAGAGGCCUCUGAUGUGUCUCGGAGUCGCGGGGCUUCUCUGAUGGCCAGACCUGGAAACAGCCUGGUCGCUGCCAUACGAAGCCAGCAUCACGCUCCAUGUAGGAACUCUUACAAUGAUAAGAUUGUGGCGUUCCUUCGACAGCCAAACAUAUUUGACAUGUUGCAGGAGCGACAGCCCAGCCUGAGCAGAAACCAUGCACUCAGGGAGAAGAUCCACUACAUCCGAACAGAAGGUACUCAGGGUGUGGAGAAGCUGUCAUGUGAUGCAGACCUGGUCAUCCUGUUGAGUUUAUUUGAAGAGGAAAUCAUGUCUUACGUUCCGCCUCACCCCAUCCACCCCGGCUUCAGCUUCUCUCCUCGCUGCUCUCCCGCCUCCUCACCUCAGAACUCUCCUGGCCUGCAGAGAGCCAGGGCUCCAGCUCCUUACCGCAGAGACUUUGAAGCCAAGCUAAGAAACUUCUACAGGAAAUUAGAGGCGAAGGGUUACGGCCAGGGACCAGGCAAGAUCAAGUUGCUGAUCAGGAGAGAACACCUGCUGGAAGGAACCUUUAACCAGGUGAUGGCGUACUCCCGCAAAGAGCUGCAGAGGAACAAACUCUACGUCACCUUCCUGGGAGAGGAGGGAUUAGAUUACAGCGGCCCGUCCAGAGAGUUUUUCUUCCUCUUGUCUCAGGAGUUGUUUAAUCCUUACUACGGCCUGUUUGAAUACUCGGCCAACGACACUUACACCGUUCAAAUCAGCCCCAUGUCAGCGUUUGUGGAGAACCAUCUGGAAUGGUUCCGUUUCAGCGGUCGUAUCCUGGGUCUGGCUUUGAUUCAUCAGUACCUGCUGGAUGCUUUCUUCACCAGACCUUUCUACAAGGCCCUGCUCAGACUGCCCACAGACCUGUCUGAUCUGGAGUAUCUAGAUGAAGAGUUCCACCAGUCUCUUCAGUGGAUGAAAGAUAACGACAUCACAGACAUCCUGGACCUCACCUUCACCGUUAAUGAGGAGGUCUUUGGCCAGGUGACAGAGCGGGAGCUGAAGUCAGGUGGCUCCAACCUUCAGGUGACUGAGAAGAACAAGAAAGAUUAUAUAGAGCGGAUGGCCAAGUGGAGGGUGGAGAGAGGAGUGGUGCAGCAGACGGAGGCGCUGGUCAGAGGCUUCUAUGAGGUGGUUGACUCCAGGCUGGUGUCAGUAUUUGACGCCCGGGAGCUGGAGCUAGUCAUCGCUGGUACAGUAGAGAUAGACCUUGUUGACUGGAGGAGCAACACAGAGUACAGAGGAGGUUACCAUGACGGCCACAUAGUGAUGAGGUGGUUCUGGGCGGCCGUGGAACGUUUCAACAACGAGCAGCGUCUGCGCCUCCUGCAGUUUGUCACAGGAACGUCCAGCGUGCCGUACGAAGGCUUCGCAGCCCUGAGGGGAUCCAACGGCCUGAGACGCUUCUGCAUCGAGAAGUGGGGCAAAGUUACCUCACUCCCCAGGGCUCAUACCUGUUUUAAUCGUCUGGACCUGCCGCCAUACCCUUCAUACACCAUGCUGUAUGAGAAACUGCUGACGGCCGUGGAAGAAACCAGCACAUUCGGCCUGGAGUGA